AGAAGGGGCUGGCCGGAAGUGAGCGCAACGCCGCCAUCUCAAGAUGAAACCGGCUGUGGAUGAGAUGUUCCCCGAGGGCGCGGGACCCUAUGUGGACCUGGAUGAGGCUGGAGGCAGCACGGGACUGUUGAUGGACUUGGCAGCCAAUGAAAAGGCAGUUCACGCAGACUUUUUUAAUGAUUUUGAAGAUCUCUUUGAUGAUGAUGAUGUCCAGUGAAGCCGCCCAGUCACAUGGGCUCUGUGUCUGUGACGUGUCUGGAGUCUCUCAGGACAGUAUCAGCUGGUCGGAGACACUGUGUGACUAUCACUAGAAAUCAGAACCUAGUCAAGCACUAGGGGAACUGUCUGAACCAACUGGGUACUGAUGUCUCUAGGAAUGCCAGCCUUGUGUCCUUGUUUAAACUAAUAAAGAACACUAUAACAUGCA